AAACUCAACACCUCCACACACGCUCGCCCCUCCAAGCAACCAUGGUUGUCGACUACAGUAAAUGGGACGCCCUCGAGCUCUCCGACGACUCCGACAUAGAAGUUCACCCCAACGUCGACAAAAAGUCUUUCAUCCGCGCCAAACAAGCCCAAAUCCAUCAAGAGCGGGACCGGCGACGUCACCAAAUCACAACCCUCAAAUACGAGCGCAUCAUUAACGAUGGCCUAACUGAGCGCAUGAACCGACUGCUCACAGCCUUGAAGUCGCAUAAAGGUGCGGAAGGGAAUCCAGAUGCGCUGGUAUUUCAGAGUAUGAUGGAGAGUAUGGCGGAAGCGGGAGAAGAUAGACCACCGCCUCCGCCGAAGGGUGUGCAUGAGCAUAUUAAAGAGAAGCCCACGUAUCCGCAGAUGAUGGCGAGUUUGGUGGAUCAGGUGAAGAAAGAAGUCGACGACUCGAAGGCGGAAAACCGGUUAGAUGGGUUUAUCGACGGGUUGGAAGCACACAAAGGGAGGGUUGAAGGGUUACAGAAAGAACUAUUAGCCAAGCUCGCUGAGCUAGAGAAGGAAGAGAAACGACAUAUCACAAGCGACGACCUCCACACAGGUUUCGACUAUUCCAACGUCCGCAAAGAGGACCCUGCCCCCGCCAAACCCACCCCUUCACCUUCCUCCACCUCAGCUAGCAAGCCCUCCUCUACCGUCGAACUCCUCAACCCCCCUUCCCGCCUCUCCGCGGCCCGAACCGACACAGGCCAAUCCUCCGGCGCUGACGGCGACAUCGAAGAAGGCACCUCCACCUCUGACGACAUCUCGGCCUCUCCCCUCGCUCUCGAAUUCGCCGCCCUAAAACCCAACGACUACCCCUCCUACCUGCAAUUCAUCAGCACCAACCCCUCCAUCCUCUCUGAAUCCUCCACUGACGGCCUCCUAGUCGAAGCCUUCAACGCCGCUCUCGAUUCCCGGCAAAAGCACGCCCGACAGUGCGUGCACCAGGCGCUGCUUUUGCAAUACUGCCGCCAACUCGGCGGCCGCGAUGGGGUUGCCUUGUUUUUCAAGCGGAUUACGACAAAAGACCACCAGGCGCAGAAACUGUUCAUGGAUGAUGUCGAUUCGACCUACGCCCGCAUCCGCAUGCGGGCUGCGGAAAUCCUAAAAGAGAGAGCGGAGAACCCACAAAGUGCGGAAGGCGUCGAGCAAAUCCAACUGCAUGCCGUAGACCCCAACACCACCAUCAACAUCAGCAUCCCUCCCGCAGCACCCGCCUCAGAUGACCCUGCUGCCCGUGAAGCCCAGCUCCACGCCCGCGAAAUCUUCGAGUCCUUCCCUCCCGGAUUGCAGCGUGCGCUGGAGAGUGGGAAAUUAGAUGAGGUGAAUAAAGUGCUGGCGAAGAUGAGUGUGGAGGAAGCGGAGGAGAUUGUAGGGAAGCUGGGCGAAGGCGGAAUGUUGAGCUUGGAAGAGGGGGUUAUCGAUGCGACGACGGAGGAGGGGAAGAAGGCCAUGGAAGAGAUUGAGAAAACGGGGAAGAUGCCGGUGGUGGGGGACCCAGAGUCUUGAGGGUUUAAGGGGAAGGUUGAGAGGGAGGGAUCUAUGGUUGGUGCGACGUGAUGGGGAAAUUAGACGGAAUAGAAGGGAAUUGCAUGCUGUCGUGAUGUAUGCUAUCAAACUGAGGGUUGCCUCUGCAUCAAGCCAGACGGACGGAAGACCUCAGAGUCGUCAUCAAGGCGCGGUGAGAACAGGUUGCCUAUCGCUUGCUUGCUAACUAGAGGUUGUCACGAGUGAGACAUGGACCCACGAAAACGUAUGUAAUAUUAACAAUUCCAGGGGUAUGCGCACCUAGCCCCC